AUAGAUCAUGUCGGAUAAUUAAAAUUUCAAAAUUUCAUACUAAUAUUUCUCAUUGAGUUCUUAAGAUAAAAUAGAGUGCGAUCAACAAACUAAGUAGUAUGGCAACUAAAACACAGCAAUUCUGUUUGCGUUGGAAUAAUCACCAGGCAUCUUUGGCAUCAUCCUUACCUGGAUUAUUGGACUCCUCACGAUUUACUGAUGUAACCCUCAGUGCAGGAGGUAGAACUGUUAGAGCCCACAGAAUUUUACUGGCCUCCUGCAGCGAUUUUUUCUCUGAACUUUUUGCAGCAUUGGCUCCGUCUGCGCAACCCGUCAUUGUUCUACCAGGUGUUCCAUAUUCAUCCUUAUGUGCUCUAAUGACUUUUGUGUAUUCUGGCGAAGUAACGAUAUUUGAAGAUCAACUUCUAUCUAUACUCAGUUUAGCUGAUGCCUUGGGUAUCAAAGGUCUUGCUAAUCAACAACAAACUACAUCUGUAACCCAAGAAAAUGUUGAAUGCGCUAUGGAUUACAGUUGCUCUGAACGAACUUCUGAAAAACAAAUCUCGCCUGAAACAAAAUAUAGAACUAUUAGACCGCAAUCCCCAAAUGCAGACGUAUCAACCUUAUUUCCUCAUAAUUUUAAUGCUUCUGAAACAAACAACAAUAAUAUCAACAAUAACAUAAGGAAUAAUUUUGGUUUAGGAAGUAAUUCUAAUAUUUAUUCUCCAUAUACCAAUUCGAGUAAACCCAUUGAAUCAGAAAUUUCGAAAUCAGAAAAUGACGUAGAUAGUGUUUUAGAUAAUGGAAAGGAGCCAAGAAAGAUUGAUAUAAUAGCCGAGCUACUGAAGUGCGGAGCUGGAAAAAGAGAUCCUAUACCUCAGCCGCCAGUUGAACCUCAAGGCAAAACAUACGCAACCUGCUUCAUAUGCCAAAAACGACUAAGUAACCAGUACAAUCUUCGGGUGCACAUGGACACACAUCGCGAUGCUCAGUAUGCGUGCCACGUGUGCAGGCACGUGUCCAGGAGUAGAGACGCACUUCGCAAACAUGUAUCAUACAGACAUCCGGGAGGUGGAACAAGAAAUCCAGAAUCGAAUCAGAGCAGAAAGAGAAAUAUUAUCAAAGGAUCUUCAGGAAUUUUGCAACAACAACCGUCCAUUACCGAAAAUUCAGGAGGUGUUUUUCAUCCUAGUGGGAGUGUUGGUUUAAUUAAAGAUAGUUUAUAGAGCAAAUUAACUGAAAGAUUUUGAAGUGAAAAAAGUU